UGCGUGAGACAUGUGUUUCCCUUUCCGUUACUGACAGUGAGUUUGUUGUGUUGACCACAAAACUGACUACAAGUGAUCACCGCGAAGAUGGUUCAGAGGCUUACAUACCGGCGCCGGUUGUCCUACAACACCCAAUCCAAUAGGAGGCGAAUUUCGAAGACACCGGGCGGUCGACUCGUGUAUUUGUACCCCAAAAAGCACGGAUCAGUCGCCAAAUGCGGUGAUUGUAAACUCAAACUGAGAGGAGUACGUACUGACCGACACACCCGUCCACCCAUACCUCCCAUAGUGUACGCCCGACCCCGAGAGCUGUCAGCCCUCUCCCGGCGCCACAAGACAGUGACCCGAGCCUACGGGGGCUCCCGAUGCGCUAAAUGCGUGCGAAGCCGUAUUGUUCGGGCGUUCCUCAUCGAGGAGGAGAAGAUUGUGGCAAAAGUACUGAAAGCACAACAGGCGGCCACUCCUGCCGCCCAGACAUCUAAAUGAGAGCGUGUUUUGUAAUGUAUUUUUCGCCGAGAAAUUAA